AGGACAACCAAUCCCAAGUUCAGACACAUUGAAGACAAGGCUUCCUCUACAAUGAAAAACUUAGAAGCAGCAGGGCUUCAGCAAGUAACUUCUCUACAGUCUCUCAUGCAGCAACAAAUUCUGUCGCUAUAAUUAUUCAUAAAGAGAUGUGUUUCUAAGAAGCGGGUGUUAUUGGCUAGGUAUUGU